AUGCCGGGGAGCGGCGAGACGGCCAUAGGCAUCGAUUUAGGCACAACGUACAGCUGCGUGGGCGUGUGGCAGCAUGACCGGGUUGAGAUUAUAGCGAAUGACCAGGGGAACCGCACCACGCCCUCGUUUGUAGCAUUCACUGACACGGAGAGGCUGAUUGGCGACGCUGCUAAAAAUCAAGUGGCUAUGAACCCCACCAACACGGUGUUUGAUGCCAAGCGUCUCAUUGGGCGGCAUGCCAAGCGUCUCAUCGGGCGGCGUUUCUCGGACCCUACUGUGCAAGCCGACAUGAAGCACUGGCCGUUCAAGGUCUUUUCCGGUCCCGGGGACAAACCCAUGAUAGAGGUCCGAUACAAGGCCGAGCGCAAGCAAUUUGCACCCGAGGAAGUUUCCUCGAUGGUUCUCACCAAGAUGAAGGAAAUCGCCGAGACGUUUCUCGGAAAGAAGAUUAAAGAUGCGGUGGUGACGGUCCCGGCCUAUUUCAACGACUCGCAGCGGCAGGCGACGAAAGACGCGGGCGUUAUAGCGGGUCUGAAUGUAAUGAGGAUAAUUAACGAGCCGACGGCGGCGGCUAUCGCGUAUGGGUUGGAUAAGAAGGCAAGCCGCAAGGGCGAGAAUAAUGUGCUGAUUUUUGAUCUGGGCGGCGGGACGUUUGAUGUGUCGAUUCUGAGUAUCGAGGAGGGGAUUUUCGAGGUGAAGGCGACGGCGGGGGAUACCCAUUUGGGAGGGGAGGAUUUUGACAACCGGCUUGUCAGCUUCUUUGUGCAGGUGAGUGAAGGCUAUCAGGUGAGUGAAGGCUAUCAGGUGAGUGAAGGCUAUCAGGUGAGUGAAGGCUAUCAGGUGAGUGAAGGCUUUCAGGUGAGUGAAGGCUUUCAGGUGAUUGAAGGCUUUCAGGUGAGUGAAGGCUUUCAGGUGAGUGAAGGCUAUCAGGUGAGUGAAGGCUUUCAGGUGAUUGAAGGCUUUCAGGUGAGUGAAGGCUUUCAGGUGAGUGAAGGCUUUCAGGUGAGUGAAGGCUUUCAGGUGAGUGAAGGCUUUCAGGUGAGUGAAGGCUUUCAGGUGAUUGAAGGCUUUCAGGUGAGAUGGUCGUCGCUGGUGUGGAAAGUUCAAGCGCAAGCACCAGAAGGACAUCAGCAGCUUCCCCCGCGCCAUUCCCUGCCUCUAAACUGCGUGACCACCCUUGCUCCCAACCCACCCUGCCGUCAUCCCCCCACCCUUCCCUCAUCCCCACCACACACCCCCUCCCCCACCAACAGGAGUUCAAGCGCAAGCACACGAAUGACAUCAGCAGCAACCCCUUCCCACUCUCUCCAUCCUUCACUUGAUUACCCCUGCCACCCCACCCCACCCCACCACUCUCAGGAGUUCAAGCGCAAGCACAAGAAGGACAUCAGCAGCAACCCCCGCGCUAUUCGCCGCCUCAAGACUGCCUGCGAGCGCGCCAAGCGCACACUCUCCUCCACGGCACAGACGACCAUCGAGAUCGACUCUCUCUACGAGGGGAUCGACUACUACAGCACCAUCACUCGUGCUCGAUUCGAGGAGCUGAACAUGGACCUGUUCCGGAAGAGCAUGGAGCCGGUGGAAAAGUGUCUGUCAGACGCCAAGCUGAGCAAGUCCCAGAUCCAUGAUGUCGUUCUCGUGGGCGGUUCUACCCGCAUCCCCAAGGUGCAGCAGCUGCUGCAAGACCUCUUCCACGGGAAGGACCUCUGCAAAAGCAUCAACCCCGACGAGGCCGUCGCAUACGGCGCAGCCGUGCAAGCAGCGAUUCUCACCGGUCAGGGCAGCGAGCGCGUGCAAGACCUGCUGUUGCUGGAUGUGACUCCGCUCUCCCUCGGUCUCGAGACAGCCGGAGGGGUGAUGACGGUGCUGAUCCCGCGAAACACGACGAUUCCGACGAAGAAAGAGCAGGUGUUCUCGACGUUUUCGGACAACCAGCCGGGGGUGCUGAUUCAGGUGUACGAGGGGGAGCGGGCUCGGACCAAGGACAAUAAUCUCCUGGGGAAAUUCGAGCUGUCGGGUAUCCCGCCGGCGCCGAGGGGGAUCCCGCAGAUUAGUGUCACUUUUGACAUUGACGCGAACGGGAUUUUGAACGUUAGCGCGGAGGAUAAGACGACUGGGCACAAGAAUAAGAUCACGAUCACGAAUGAUAAGGGGAGGUUGAGCAAGGAGGAUAUAGAGCGGUUGGUGCAGGAAGCAGAGCGGUACAAGGAGGAGGACGAGCAGGUGAAGAAGAAGGUUGAAGCAAAGAAUGCUCUCGAGAAUUACACUUAUAACAUUCGGAACAUCAUCCGGGAUGAGAACGUGGGCUCCAAGCUCCCAGCAGGGGACAAGAAGAAGGUGGAGGAUGCGGUUACCAGCACCGUCGAGUGGCUGGAUCACAACCAGCUGGCGGAGGUGGAUGAGUUCGAGGACAAGCAGAAGGAGCUGGAAGGGAUUUGUUCGCCGAUCUUCUCCCGCAUGUAUCAGCAGGGAGGGGGAGGAGGAGGGAUGGGUGGUGAUGAGCCGAUGGGCGGUGCUGGUCCUGGUGGUGCUGCUGGUGGCGAGAAGGGUCCUAAGAUCGAGGAGGUGGAUUAG